UAUUGUGAGAGCGCUUCAUAGCGUCCGCAGGCAGGCAGUGCAUACAUAAACACUAAACACAUUCCCAUUGAAAAAUCUAUUGCGUUAGUGCAGACCAUGGCGGCUGCCACCAGCAGCAGCCCAGCCACAUUGCAGAUCAAGCAUUCCAGCAUCGAGCACACGAGAAAACGCAUAGACCCCAGGAGGAGACAAGCAGCCCUUUCUUUUCUUACCAAUAUCUCUUUAGACGGCCGGCCGGUACAGGAUGACGGCGAAAAUCAGGGCGAUAAUUCGGAUGGGGCCAUUGAAGCGAGGACUAGACAGAGCCUGGUUUCUGCAGAAAGGGGAAUCUACCCUUCUGGCGCAACCUCAGCGGCCCAAGUGGUUUCUGCAGCCAACCAGGCACUGUUGUACAAUUCGCGAACUGGCUUCGGGAUGAGCCCACUUGCAGCACCAAUCUGUGCCGACCAGGAAAGAGAUGUUCUUGCCAGCGGAGUGCACGGUGCUGGGCAGCCUCUGUUCAGCUCUCCCUACCCUGCUGUAGCAGCAGUGGCGAGAGGGAGGCUUCAGUCAUUCACUCAGGGAAUCCUACCUGCCACUUUCUCCAGGCAAGCAUCUCAGAACUACUGCUGUCUGGAACCAGGGCUGAUUGGCAACACUGCCUUUGAGCUACAGAGAUCCCGGCGAAGACUUAUCUCCCAGCGCUCCUCUCUGGAGACUCUGGAAGACAUCGAGGAAAAUGCUCCUCUGCGCAGGUGCCGCACUCUAUCAGGUUCACCCAGACCAAAGAGCUUUAAGAAGGUUCACUUUAUUAAGAACAUGAGGCAGCACGACACCAGGAAUGGCAGGAUAGUCCUUAUCAGUGGCAGAAGAUCCAUCUGUAGUGUAUUUUCAGUGCUGCCCUAUCGAGAUUGUAGCCGUGAAGGGGAGCUGAAGCUGGAGGGUGGACGUCAGCGUCAUCCCUCUGGAGGUGUGGGCACCAAGGAGAUGGUGAUCGGCCUCGAGGGCGUCGAGCUGGGAGCUGACGGCAGGACUGUCUCCUACACCCAGUUCCUGUACCCUACAAAUGCCCUGAGCACACGGAGGAACACCAUCGACUCCACUGCGUCCUUCUCACAGUUCCGAAACACAAGCCAUCGCAGCCUUACUUUGGCCAGAGCCAACAGCACCCAGGGGAGCAUUGAUGCAGGGAGUGACAGUGCCGACUUUUUGGAAUAUGACCCGAACCUUCUAGAUGACCCACAGUGGCCGUGCGGGAAACACAAGAGGGUCCUGAUAUUCCCUUCUUACAUGACCACCGUGAUUGAGUACGUGAAACCAUCUGACCUCAAGAAAGACAUGAACGAGACCUUUAAAGAGAAGUUCCCUCACAUCAAGUUGACCCUGAGCAAGAUAAGAAGCCUGAAGCGGGAGAUGCGCAAGCUGGCCCAGGACGAGUGCAGCUUCGAGGAGCCCACAGUGGCCAUGGCGUUCGUCUACUUUGAGAAGCUGGCCCUCAAGGGCACGCUCAACAAGCAGAACCGCAAGUUGUGUGCCGGCGCCUGCGUUCUGUUGGCAGCCAAAAUAGGAAGUGACCUCAAGAAGCACGAGGUGAAACAUUUAAUAGAUAAACUGGAAGAGAAAUUUCGUCUGAACCGGCGUGAGCUGAUAGCGUUUGAAUUCCCAGUGCUGGUAGCUCUGGAAUUUGCUCUGCACCUCACCGAACACGAAGUGAUGCCACAUUACAGACGGCUCCUGCAAAGCUCCUAGCACUGGCUACUCAUCAGGAGAGCGUUUUGCGCUCUUCUGAUCUGGGCUUCUCUUCAACUGACUCCACAAAAGCUCCUUUCACUACUGGAAACAGCAAAAAUCAUACACAGAACUCAAAAUGUAGGACAUCAAACAGCCUGAGAUGAAAGGCUCAGAACUACAUGUGACCUUUUCAUUUUGUUUAUUCAUCAAAAGUGGCUUAAUUCUAUUGAAAGCACUGUUGCUUAGGGUACUUCAGGUUGCUAAGGGGCAAAAGUGACAACCUAAAAAAGCAGCACUGAUGUAGAUAUAAAAAAAUGGAAGAAAAACACAUUGCCUAGCUUUGUACCCAGAGGACAAUUGUACGAUUAUAGGGGGGAAAAAAAUAGAUAUAAACUGUGUGUAAAAGAUGCAUAAGUCAUAUUUUGCUUCUUGCGCUGCCAUGUAAACUGAUUAAUACCAGUAAAUCCAAGCGUUUUUAGGGGUGGGAAGCAGAGUUUUUGUUUUUAGCCUUUGUUUUGUCAUUGGUAUAUUGUUUUGCCUCAUAGCUUUUCCUGAAACUGGAAGCAUUGUAUCACACAGCUCUUUAGGCUGACAAAGAUCUUGCCCUUAUCGUUUGAUAGGCCUUUUCACCGCUUUGACUGUGUAAUAACCAUCCAAGCUAGUUUUUUCUGGUAGUCACGGCAUCAUAGCCAUAUACAGAUCCUUAUUUAGGUGGAGUUCGAUGCACUUCUCAUAAGUCAGUGGUAUAGAAAGGUGGUCAUUCGUUUGUUUUUUUGUGUGUUUGUUUUAAAAAGCCCAUCUAAUCUCUUUUUUUUUUUUUUUCCACCAACUUCACUUAAGUUUAUAGGGACCAUUCUGAUGAAUUUACUGUAACCUGAGACACGUUGCUGUCUUUUACCAUUCCAUUCCACACCAUACAGACAGCAUUUGCUUUUUUAGUAUUACUGUAAGCUUCACAAAAAAAAAACAUUUUAGUAAUGGCUUCAUACACAGUACACUUCUUUUUUGAUAUUUUCCUGUGCUUUGUUUCUACAGGUGGAGACUGUAACUGCACCCUUUAGUGUUUUAUUUCCCAUGCUCUAUGUUAGAGCCUAUUAUAAGCACAUUUAUAGUGCUGCAGUGUGUGUGAGGGGGGGAUGUGAAAUUAGUGUAAACCAGUGUAAAAUGAGUUGAGCAAUACAUGCAAGAGGUAUGUAGCAGUGGAGAUUGAAAACAGUGGUUUGUUUAAUGGGAUUCUUCAGUUAAGACCCACCAAAUUUAUUAAAUUGUUUUCUUUAAAUGAGGUCCACAAAUUAUAAGCUGGAAGAUCAUAAGGUCAAAAUUAGCUUUGUAAAGCACCUAUAACUAUUAAACACUAGUGCUGAAAUUAGAAAUAAUAAAAUAAACUUGAAUUCAAUUGCAAAUGUUUAUUAGGAGUCUUUUUCAGUGUCAAAGACUUCCAGUUGAAACAUUUGUCGUUGAGUUGGUUUCUUGUAGAAUUUCUAAUACAUGAACCAAUGUAUUGAAGUAAAGAACAGAAAUUCUGAAUUUUUGUGCUUUAUUACACUGCUGAAAGGUAAUUGAAAAUCAUGCACAGGAGGACAAGCCCUGAACACAUUAGCAGAAAAAAAUAAAAAAUAAUACUGUAGUGUUAACAUUCCGUAAGCUUCUAACCACAUGCAUUGCUUCUCACCACUAUCACACGUCUGAAACAGGAGGGGAAAAAACAGCAAUUUUAAAGCACUUCUGUUUCAUUCUUUUUAAUUUUAACCCUUAGAGGCUCAUCACACCAACAGGCUGGUAAGAUCUCUAGAUAUGCCCCCAUCACUCCAGUCCAUGAUUUAAAUAUCCCCAAGAUCACGUCUCCAUGGUUUCAUUUGAAGCACCCUUGUGAUUUGAACAUGGCCUAACCUCCUAGACACUUUGCAAAGGGGAAAUAAGGCUUUGUACUCCUGUGGAUGAAUGCUAGUGAGUAUCUUAUGGUUCAGACAACAAAACAGACAUUUAGAGUAUUCUCAAAUACAUAGCAAGAUAUUGUACAGUAAUUUUUUGUGUGU